AUGGAAGCUUACUACAACCAGCUCAAGCACAACACCCUGAAAGACUUAUUGGAGGUUCGAGGGGGCAGCGGCAGCAAUAAGACCAAGCGCUGUAUUGUAAGCGAACUAAUGGAGCUGGACAGGGAAAGCGUGGCUGCGGCAACCCCGGCUGCUCGUGCAGAAGAAAGCGAAGUGGACCGAGAAAUAAGGGAAUGGCUGGCGCUGUUCGGGCCAAACCCUGAACCAGAAAUCAUCCUUUGCAUAAUUGACAGUGCGAAUGAAAAUGCGAAUAAGCAACG